UCCCAGCAUCAGUGGGAUGUCCCAAGCCUGUCUCCUCUUGGCCUUGCUCAUGCUCUGCAGCUGCAAGAAGGUCUCCUCUGCUAACUCUCUUGAGCUUGUGAAGGAGCAGUGGAGCAGCUACAAGAACCAGUGCCUUGACCACCUUAGUGCCACACCCCCUGCAACAGGGCUGGUGUGUAACAGGACCUUUGAUUUGUAUGCCUGCUGGCCUGAUGGACUUCCAGGAACCAGUGUCAAUGUGUCCUGCCCAUGGUUCCUGCCAUGGUACCAUAAAGUUCAGCACGGUCUGGUCUACAGAUUCUGCAACGAAGAUGGUAAAUGGGCACAAAAGAAUACCAGUGAAUGUGAGGACGACCCUGGUGAGCAGCAAUAUGGCCGCAUCCUCACUCAGUUACGGAUCAUGUACACAGUGGGUUACUCUCUCUCACUGGGGGCUCUGCUACUGGCACUGGGAAUUCUCAUCAUCUUCAGGAAGCUCCACUGUAUGAGAAACAACAUCCACAUGAACCUGUUUGCUUCCUUCAUCCUGAGAGCUGUGUCGAUCCUGGUUAAAGACGCCUUACUGACCCUCACACUGGAUCCCAGAAGCAGCAGUGACUCCCAUACACAAGCCUGGGUCAACAUACCGGCUGUGAUGUGGUGUCGUGGUGCCAUGGUGAUGAUGCAGUACAGCGUGAUGGCCAACAACUAUUGGCUUCUGGUGGAAGGGAUUUAUCUGCAUAGCCUUCUAGUCAUCACAGUAUUCAGCGAAAGGAAGUACUUCUACAUUUACUUGGCCAUUGGUUGGGGUGCACCACUCAUAUUUGUGUUGCCAUGGAUAACAGUGAAAUACCUGUAUGAGAAUGAAGAGUGCUGGGAAAGGAAUAUUAACAUGGGAUAUUGGUGGAUUAUCCGAUCUCCUAUACUUUUUGCUUAUCUGAUUAACUUCUUCAUAUUUAUCCGUAUUAUUAAAAUCCUGAUGUCUAAACUUAGAGCUCACCAGAUGAGAUACACUGACUACAAGUUCAGACUAGCAAAAUCUACUUUGACUCUCAUUCCCCUGCUUGGAAUUCAUGCCAUUCUCUUCACCUUUGUCAUUGAUGAAUCUGUUCCUAAAGGCUCUGUGCUGCGCCUCAUUCGCCUCUUCUGUGACCUCCUGUUCAACUCCUUCCAGGGCCUGUUGGUUGCCAUCCUGUACUGCUUUGUCAAUAAAGAGGUGCAGUCAGAGAUGCUGAAAAAGUGGAAGAGGUGGAAACUGGGUAAGGACAUUGAUGAGGGGUACCGCCACACCCACAGCCAGACGCCGCACGUUAAAAGUGGCAGUAUUGCCACUGGCAAUGUGCCCAACACCAGCGACCCAAGUGGUGAUUCGACUCAUCUCAACAUAGCCAACAGCGGCCCGUCUUGCUCCACUGCACCUGAGGAAAACCGCCAACUAGUCGUCUCCUUCAGCAAUGGUACAGGGAAAUGCAGACCUGCCAAAAGCAGACACACCCUGCAGUUCACUUUCCAAUCACACAGAGGCGUCACCAGCAGCGCUGCAACAGAGGAUGUGUGUCUGGAAGAGCGCGUAACGUACCGCACAUAUACUCUAGAAGGAGAGGAAACUAAUGUCUGA